AUGGCAGACUCGUCCCCGCCCUGGUUGGGCCUGCGCACCGUCUUUGAGCCCUCGCUCCCCGCCUACUGCGAGCCCGAAUCCGACUUCCUCUUGCACUUCUCGUCGGCCUUCCACACCUGCGUCCCCACCAAGCUUGCCUUUAUCUCCUCGCUUCUCGGAACCCUCAGCAUUGUGUCGUGGCUCUUCGCCCAGCUCCCGCAGAUAUACAAAAACUACACCCUCAAGAGCACCUCGGGGCUCAGCAUAUUCUUCCUCGGCGAGUGGCUGCUGGGCGAUCUGUCCAACCUGCUGGGCUCGCUGUUCACCGACCAGGCGCUGUGGCAGAUCAUCAUCGCCUGCUACUAUUGCUUUGUCGACUGCUGUCUGGUCGCACAGUGGGUGUGGUACGAGCGUCUGCGCCAUGGCCGGCCGCUGGUGCGCGUGUGGAGGAGAGGCUCGCGCAGCCACCAUCACGGCGACGGCGCCGCUGAUAUGGCUGAGUUCAUCGACGGCGUGGCUGUCUCCGACGACGACGGCGCCGACGUCAAGCGCGUGCCGCACUCGCAGCCCAAGGACGUGUUCCGAAGCCCGCAGUACUCUUCUUCUCCCUCCAAGGAGCGCGAGGAUGUAGACGACGACGACGCGGCCCCCGCCCGCUCGAGCCGCACCAUCCAUCGCCUCGGCCGCUCCAGCUCGCCCUAUCCGUCUCCGCGCACUGUCCUCUAUGUUUCCAUGCUCCUUGCCGUUGUCGCCCAAGCCUCUCCUCUCAACGGGCCGAGCCCGGCAUUCCCCAUCAUCGCCCAGCACGCGGAUGAGUCGACCGAGACUGGCACCCAGGUGGCCGGUCGUCUGCUGUCCUGGCUCAGCACAGUCAUGUACCUUGGCUCCCGCAUGCCGCAGCUGUACAAGAACUACAAGCGCAAGUCCACUUCCGGCUUGUCGCCGACGCUCUUCCUGGCAGCCUUCAUGGGCAACCUGUUUUACUCGUCCUCCAUCGCUACGAACCCGUGCGCGUGGGGCACGUAUCCGUCUCACGGAGCUCGCGGCUGGGUCGGGCUCGACGGGAGCCAGCAAGCCGAUUGGGUCGGUCGAGCCAUGCCCUUCUUCCUGGGUGCGGCGGGCGUGCUGCUGAUGGACGGCGCCGUCGGCGCGCAGUUCUGGUAUUACGGCGAAGGAUCGCUGGCCGACUCGACCAUCCUCGUGCCCGAAGAGGGCGGCAAGUGGAGAUGGCGGAGAGUCUCGGGCUGGCUCAGGGGAUGGAUCCCCUCGGUCGACGGAGGUGCCGGCAACAGCGAGCUGUCUUCUCCAAGUGCGGAGCAGCAGCGGUUGCUGGGCGCUGGUGCGGAGGAGCGGUACGGCGGGGUUUAG